CGCGACCAUGAAAAAUUAAAAUUCUCACGUGUGAAAAUAAAAUCGGUUCAAAAGCAUCUUUCACAAUGUCACUUUUCGUUGUCAAUAGGUACCUUGGUGAUGAGAAAGAGGAUGGUACUAUUGAAUCAAGAAGUCAGGCAAAGACAAUUCUUGAAAGAAUAAAUGAACAGGCAAAGCUGAGAAAAAAAUUACAGACCAGUGGUGUUCACGAGUCUGAGAAAGGGAUUGACUUUCAAGAAGAAACUUCACCUACAUCAAAGAAAAGGUCUCAUAAAAAAACUUCAAAGAAACGCAAACAAAUUGAAGAAGAUAGCCAAUUGUCUAAGGUGAAGAAAUGCAAGUUUGAAGAUGAUGAAAGUGAAGAAGCUGAGGUAGUUUCCAAAAAGAAACUGAAAAGAAAAAAGAAUAAGGAGUCUGAGAAAAGAUUGAAUGGGGAGAGUGCUGACUGUGAGAUACAAGCCAACAAAUAUGAAGGUGUUGAGAAUUCUGCUGACAGUGAUAUUUCUUUCGAAGCAUGCCAUAGUCCAAAACACAAGAAAAAGAAGAAAACAAAAGAAAGAUCUCUGUUGAAUAAGGCUUUUAAUGGGAAAGUAGAGAAAGAACUUAUAAAGAAAAAGAAAGUUACAAAAGUAGAGUCUGAUGAUUCAGGAAGCUCUGCGUCAAGUGGAAGUGAAGAUGAUGCAGAUGAGAAGAAGUUGCCAGAGGACGAAUCUGCUGCAGAUCAUGGUUCUGAUCAGGAGGCUGAAAGUGAUGCUGGUGAUGAAGAUACUGCUGAGGCUAUUGAGGAGGAGGAUGCCCAGUUUGGAAGUCAUGACUUUGGUGGCUACACUGUGCUUGGAAAAGUCAGGGAGACACAGACAAAUAAGGUCAAACGAGUUCUUCCUGAUUGGCUGACCAAACCGUCAGUUGUGAGUGCCGACAUUAGGAAUUCCAGGGUACCAUUAGACCAGGUCACGGGUCUCUCAGAUCAUCUUAUCGGAAAGCUCAAAGAAAAUGCUGUCAAUGAUUUUUUCCCAGUGCAAGCUGACCUAAUUCCUGCCAUCCUGAGGUCCAGCCAACCCGCACAUUACACUGGAAUAGCCGGCUAUCGCCCACAUGACAUAUGCUGCUCUUCACCAACAGGCAGCGGCAAAACUUUGGCAUUUGUUCUUCCUAUAGUCCAGGCAUUACAAACAAGGGUAGUCUGCCAGAUCCGUGCUUUGGCUGUACUACCCGUCAGAGACCUAGCAACACAAGUGUACAAGGUCUUUCAGACUUACUGCCAGAAUACAUCCCUCAAGGUUGGAUUGUUGACUGGACAGAAGACGUUUGCAUCGGAGCAACAAGCCCUCGUUAAACAAGGUCCUCGAGGUCUCCUUUGCCAGAAGGACAUCAUCAUCGCUACCCCUGGCAGGCUUGUCGACCACAUCAGCAAGACACCAGGCUUCAACUUGGAGCACCUGCGCUUCCUCGUCAUCGAUGAAGCAGAUCGUAUGAUGGAUGAGAUCAAACAAGACUGGUUACACCAUGUGGAGACGGCGUUUCUUCAAUCGGAAAAUAGCAAGAGGAACAACUUCACAUCAUUCCAGGCUCCCCUUACUGUGAGAAGUGCUGCGAAUAUGUUCAUACCACCCCAGAAGUUGCUGUUCUCGGCCACGUUGUCUCAGAACCCCGAGAAACUGCAACAGCUUAAUCUCUUCCAGCCAAAGCUGUUUACGUCUGUCAUGACAACGAAGAAGGCGUCUGCUCCUCCGGUUACCGUGGAGGGAGAAGGAGAGACUGGUGAUCAAGCAGCUGUGCUGAGUCCUGCUAAAGUUGAUGGAGAAUUUGUUGGGAAGUACACAACACCUGCUGGACUUUCGGAAUUCUUCAUCGAGUGUCCUGCCAGCCAAAGGCCAUUACUGAUACUCCACUUUCUCCAUAACCUGAGCUUCCGGCAAGUGUUAUGCUUCACAAACUCGGUAGAAUCAACACAUCGCCUGUACCUUGUCGUGAAACUCUUCGGUGGCAUUGAGGUUCGUGAAUUCUCGUCGAAGCUACACUCCGGGCGGAGAGCAAGAGUGCUGAAGCAGUUUGAAGCUGGAAAAGUUGACAUGUUGAUCUGCUCUGAUGCCAUGGCACGUGGGAUGGAUGUUGACAAUGUGCACUAUGUGAUAUCAUAUGAGGCGCCCCCGUUUAUCAAGACGUACAUCCACAGGAUUGGGAGGACGGCUAGAGCCGGACGACCAGGGUCGGCUUUUACUCUCCUGGAGAAAAAAGAGGUUCACCAUUUCAAGAAGAUGUUGAAAGGAGCUGGGAAGGAAAAGAUCAACGAACACAAAGCAACCAAAUCACAAUUGAAAAAACUUGUCCCACAAUUCGAGGAGGCAUUACAGAAGAUUCCGGAAAUUCUUAAGUCGGAAAAUGAGAAAAAGAAUAAGAAAAAGAGAUGAUGCCUCUGGAGGGGAUAGUGCUUGAAAUUGACAUUUUGAAGUGGAGAAUGAGAGACA